AUGAUAAAAGAAUGUUGUAAAAAAAUCAAAUCAGCUCAACAAUUAUUUGAUAAUCAUAGUCGAAAAUCAAGUCCAAUUGUUGAAAGUGAUUAUGACAAUACAACAGUUAUUGAAGAUCCUGACAAUCCAUCAUCAAAUUCAACUCGACAAAUAGUACAUGGUCAUGACAAACGAUCUAGUCGUAGUAUGCAACGAUUUCCACAAUUGGAAGAAAACUCAACGAAUGUUUUAAAUAAUUCUCGUCCAUUUCGAUCAACAGAUUAUAUAAAUACAAAUGUUGAAGUACCAAUAAUAAAAUCUUCAAUAAAUCAAUCAUUACAAACACAAACAUCAAUUAUUCCAAUAAGUAAUGGUCGUGCUCGAUCAUGUUCUGGUGGACGAAAUAAAGCAAUGUCACCUCCAAUUUUAUCACGAAAAGGUUCAUGUGGACAAACAGAAUCAAAUGGUGAUAUUGAUAAACGAACAAGAAAAAUAACUCAUCGUAUUGCAGAAUUAUUUAGUUUAAUAAAAGAAAAUCAAUCUGAUCGAUAUGUUACAUGUGCUGAACGAAUUAAUAAUUCAGUUCAAGAUAUGAUUCGUGUAUUUGAUAGAAUUGCAUUAACUGACGAAAUGCGAACAAAUCUAGACAUAUUAAAUACAGGUGCUCAACAACUUCUAGCUCAUGCAACAUUAAAAGAAAAAACUUCAACAAUAAAUAAUACUAAUCGAACGGAACAAAUUCAACAUAUAAUUGAUGAUUGUUAUAAUAUUGCACUUGCAACAAAAAGUCUUGUUGGACUUUAUCAAAAAUUAUAA